AUUAACAACAAGGAAAGAAAGAGAAUUUGCGCAGCUAAAACCCAAAACCCUUCUUCCCCCUGUUCUUGUUGUUUCUCUUCCCAUUUGGGUUUUUGAAUCCCGCAGCUUUCUUCUUCAUCUAAGUUUCUGCUAAUUUGAGAUUAAUCCCAGAAAUAAGCAAUGAAAUCCAUGUCAGAAGGCAAUCAGCAGCUACAAGAAUCGGAAAAAGACGAUGCUGAAGCUGUAGUUCUCACCGAUGCUACAGACAUAUGCGCCCAACUCAUGGAACGCUAUGCCAAGUCCUCCGCUCCCCAACACCGUCAUCUCCUCGCUUCCGCCGUCGCCAUGCGCUCCAUUCUCCACUCUGAGUCCCUCCCCCUCACCCCUGCCGCAUACUUCGCCGCCGCUAUUUCUGCCAUUGAUAAUGCUUCCGCUUCCGACACCUUGGACCCCACUGCCUUGUCUGCCUUGUUGUCUUUUUUAGCCAUUGCGCUCCCAUUGGUCCCCCCUGGGGGAAUUUCUGCUCCAAAUGCGAGCGAAGCGGCGGGUGUGCUGGUGGUUCUAUUGGGGAUGAAAAACUUGACUGUUUCCACUGUGAGGGCUGCGGUGAAGUGCUUGGGGAUUUUGUUAGGAUUUUGUAAUUUGGAGGAUUGGGCAUCGGUAGAGCUGGGAUUUGAUACUCUGUUGAAGUUUUCGGUUGACCGGCGUCCUAAGGUUCGACGUUGUGCUCAAGAAUCUCUUAUUACGUUUUUGAACUCUUUAAAGCAUUCUGCUAUUAAGAAACAGGCCAGCAGUUUGGUUUUUUCUCUCCUGAAAAGCUGUAUGCCCUCGGCAGUUAAAUUAAGUACCAGCACUCCUGUUGAUGGGCCUGGGGAAGAUAAGCAAUCGCAUGCUCAACAUCUUGAUGUCUUGCACAAACUGAAUGUUAUCAUUCUUACUAUUCCAUUACUAUCAAAAAGAGUUCGUUUUAAAAUGCUUAAAGAAUUAAUUAAACUUGUAAGUCCACAGUUUUCUAUAGUUACAGCGCAUAGUUUCAAAGCCAUGAAACUUAUUCUUAAAUCUUCAAAAACUGGAGUUCCUGCUUUGGAGGUUGAGAGCAUUAUUGUUGCAAUUGGCUCAUACCUUUCUUCGGGUGAUAAGAACCCCUUGGACACGGUGCUUUCUGCUAUCACCCUAUUGAAAUGUGCCAUGGAUGCUGGAGGUUCAAGUGUAGCGAAAAAAAAUCUUCCAGUAGUUUGUGGUUAUAUGGCAGGUCUUUUGACUUCUGAUGUGAGUAAGGCUGUACAUGCUUCUAGUGUAGUGAAAGAGUUAAUACAGGAUUAUGUAGAUCAGGAAUGCUUGAUAGCCCUGAUUGAUAAAGAUUUACAUCUAGAAGACUGCAACCUGGAGAACAUUGAAGUACAGGCCAUUAAAUCAACGUGUGCCAUUUGUGAGGAUGUCCUUAAUAGUUGUGAUGGAGAUCUUGGGAAAUAUAUUUUGGAUGUCAUAUCUGCUUUGUUUCUCAAAUUAGGAACAACUUCUAUCAUCUAUAUGAAACAUAUUUUGCUCAAGCUUGCUGAUUUGAUGAAUAUCGCGGGGAAUCUAUCAAACAUUGAUAAUCUUCAGAACUGUAUUGGAUCUGCUGUAACUGCUAUGGGACCUGAGAAGAUACUUACUCUUAUUCCCAUAUCCAUUAAUCCUGGCGACUCAACUGUGCAGAACAUGUGGUUGAUACCAGUUCUACAUAGUCAUGUUGUUGGAGCAUCACUUGGGUAUUAUCUAGAAUAUAUUGUGCCCCUUGCAAAAUCUUUUCAGGACGAGAGUUGUAAAGUUAAGAAGAUUGCAGCGUGUAAAAAUCUACGGACAUGUGCUCGUAAUUUGUGGAAAUUACUACCUGCUUUUUGCCGCCAUCCUAGUGAUAUGCACCGAAGAAUGGGAAUGCUUUCUGAACUUCUAAUUACACUUCUUAAAGAAGACUCCUUUAUGCAUGAAGAUAUUGCUGCUGCCUUACAGGUCCUUGUGAAUCAGAAUGCAGUUGUACCGAAUUGCAAUGAUGUAUCUGUUUAUUCAAAGAAAAUGCAGAGCAAGAACAUGAAGGCGUUGGUAUCAUGUUCAACUAAUUUGCUUCAGGCUCUCGCGGAGUUAUUUGUUGAUUCCAUACCAACGAAGCGCUCACAUUUGAAGGAUGCCAUUGGAUGCUUGGCUUCUAUCAUGGACUCCAGGGUGACCAAAAAGGUUUUUAUGUCACUUCUUGAGAGGUUUCAGUUUCUAAAUACUAAGGAUGAGUUUGAGGAGCGAGAAGCCAAUGCUGAUGAAUCAGCUCAGAAUGCUGAAGGAAAGUCUAGGACCAGAGAGAGAUGUGUAAUGCUGGAGCUAGCUGCAGCUAUCGUCAGGGGAGCUGAUGAGGAUUUAAUUGAUCUAAUUUAUAAAUUUGUUAAGUUUUCUUUUCAGGGAUCUUUAGGGUCGGACCAUCAUGAAGUGUAUCAAACUCUGAGCAGAAUUUUGGAGGAACAUGCUUGGUUUGCUUCUUCUAGAUUUCCUGAACUGGUAGAUAUGUUAAUUGAUCUGCAAUCCCCUGUUGAUACUUCUUCUCAAAGAAGUCGGUUUGGUUGCUUCCACAUUCUUCUGGUUCAUUCAUUGAAGGUUAGCUCGGCAGAGGAGAGCAACAAGGCUUUUCUUAUGCUCAACGAGAUCAUCAUCACAUUAAAAAGUGCAGAGGAAGACAGCAGGAAAGCAGCUUAUGACAUUCUUCAUUGUAUCAGUUGCAGCCUAAAAGAUUUGUCGCAUACAAAUUCUGAUGCACAUAAAAAAUUUGUGGCCAUGAUAAUGGGCUAUCUGUCUGGUGCAUCUCCUCAUGUAAAAAGUGGAGCAAUCUCUGCAGUCUCAGUGUUGAUUUAUGAAGACGCAGAUAUAUGUCUUUCAAUACCUGAUCUUGUGCCCUCCAUCUUAUCUUUGCUACGAGGAAAGGCUAUAGAAGUUAUAAAAGCAGUGCUGGGGUUCGUGAAAGUUUUAGUGUCUUCCUUGCAAGCUAAGCAUCUUCAGAGCAUCAUUUCUGAUAUUCUUACGGCGGCUUUACCUUGGUCGUCUGUCUCAAGGCAUCAUUUUAGAUCCAAGGUCACAGUGAUUUUGGAGAUUCUCAUUCGAAAAUGUGGUUAUGCUGCAAUUGAGGGCUUUACUCCUGAAAAUUACAAGGGUUUCAUCAAACCUUUUGGGGAGAAACGCCUUAACAAGACCAGUUCCAAGGAUGUUGGUGAUGCCAAUACAGAUGUUGCAGAUUUAUCCACUAACGGGGUGAGGGAUAAGCAACAGGACGGGCUGGACUCUCUUCCCAAGAAAAAUGAAUCGGGUCAUCACAGGAAAAGGAAGUGGGAAAAACCUUCCGGUUUCAUCAGGAGCAAAACUGAUAAUGCAUCCGCUGAGGAUGGUAGUAGAUUUAAGAUGAGAAAAAGAGCUGCGACCUCCAGUAGUAAGAGGAGUUCAAUGGUGGACGGUCGAGGAGAUGGUCGGAGAACAAAAUUUUCAAGACGUGGGGAUCCUAGAAAGGAAGGAAAGGGAGGGAUCAAACACGGAAACAGACAUCAGAAAGAAAGAUUUGGAGUUCGUAGGCCUUUUAAAGCUUCAAAAUCUAAUCACAAUAACUCCUCUAGUUGAUGAUUGGGGAUCUUAUUAGUUGGGUAUUUUUAGAACGGUAAACAACAGUUCUUGCAAGUUAGAAGUCCCACAUUGCACAAGCCCCUGCAUUGCUUGUUCGAAUCGCCUGCAUGCUCCUCUGUUUCAGGAAGAUGUAAUCAGGAAUGCAAUGAAAACGAAUACGACAUGAGCAGACCUGGUCCUUCUUUUAGAACUUUUUACAAGAAGGAAGCUCAAUGCCAAAUGUUUUGAUGGUGGUGGUGAAUUGGUCAGCUUAACACCGUGAUGGUUCUCCAAGGCAACUCUCUUCUUUUUAAAACAUGACAUCACAAGUGAUAGGUGAGAAUUCAAACUUUUGCUUCAAAUUAGAAAAGUAUACAUACAUGUCUUACUUGUUUAAUCAUGCCCAAUUUGGGGUUAGUUUACUUAUAGUGUAAGUUUUACAUUUAAGGUGUAAGAUUGCUUGGUCUUUAAUUUAAUUUAUUAUCAAUAAAGAUUGUCAUAUAAAGAUGUUCUUUAUAGUAUUGAUUUGCUGUACAAGGUAGCAGCUUUGGAGA